AUGAGCUAUGAUAUUAAGUAUUUUGCUAAAAGAGGAGGAUAUAUAGUUGCAAUAUUAGUUAUUAUUUAUUUUUUCCCAAAACUAGUAGCAUGAUUGAGAAAUCGUAAAAAUAAACAAAACAAAAAGCUAAAGGACUCUAGAGAUUAUCAAGAGCUAGAAAAUUUGUCUUUUGGAAAUCAAUGCUCUAGAAAGAGUGGAAUUCCUAACUAUGGAAAUACCUGCUAUUUAAAUUCUGUACUCCAAGUUCUAGCAAGCACUCCAAAUUUUGUAGAUUUCAUAUCGAAAUCUAACACCAUUUUAUUCAGAAAUUUAUUAAUAAUUUUUUACCUUAUGCUUUCCCGUAUCUCAUCAAGUGAUUUUAAACCAGGCAUUAUAAAUUUUUUAAAUACACUUAAAGAAAAAUUUCCUACGGUAAACAAUAUUUAGUACGAACUUAAUGCCCAGAACGACUGUAAAGAGCUUUAUAAUAUUCUAAUAGAUAUAUAUAUACAAGAAUUUAGCCAUGAGGAAAAAAGAUUUCAGAUCACAAAAAACCAAACUUUUACAUGCCAGAAAGGCCAUAAAGUUAUAAAAUCAGAUAAAUCAUUAUUUUUUAUUAUAGCUCCAAAGGAUAAAUAA